CCUGGCACAGUAAUUAACGAGGGAUUAAUAAGAUUCCCAAAGUCAACAGAAAAAUCGAUGGGCAGGGGAGCCCGAGCGGAGGCUGUGCAGUCGCACUGGGCCGUCGGUCGGUCCGGGCGCCCGAGCCUCCCCUGGACGCACGGUAGGCGCUGCGCCCGCAGCCUGGGGCAAGCCGGUGGCGAUGACUGCCCAGGCCUCAGUCCCUGCUGCGGAAGCUCUGCCCAUGCCCCUUCCCGAAGCUCGGGAGCCUGGAGUGGACACGCGGGUUGAGCAGCCGGAGGCCCCAGACUCCACUCGGCAGAAGUCCUGGCUGGCGCUGUAUCUGUCACUGCUACUGCGGCGGGACCGGCUGGCCCAGAAAGCCGGACAGCUCUUCUCGGGGCUCCUGGCCCUCAACGUGCUGUUCCUGGGCGGGGCCUUCAUCUGCAGCAUGAUCUUCAACAGUGUGGCCGUCACGCUGGGCGACGUGUGGAUCCUGCUGGCAGCCCUCAAGGCCCUCUCCCUGCUCUGGCUACUCUAUUACACGGUGGGCACCACCCGCCGGCCUCACGCCGUGCUCUACCGGGACCCUCACGCUGGCCCCAUCUGGGUACGGGGCUCCCUGGUGCUGUUCGGCAGCUGUACCGUCUGCCUCAACGUCUUCCAAGUGGGCUACUACGUGAGCCACAGCCACUGCAAAUCACAGCUGGAGGUCAUCUUCCCCGUGAUCGAGAUCGUCUUCAUGGGCAUGCAGACCUGGGUGCUCUGGAAACAUUGCAAGGACUGUGUUCAGGUGCAGACCAACUUCACCAGGUGUGGCCUGAUGCUGACCCUGGCCACCAACCUGCUGCUGUGGAUUCUGGCUGUGACCAACGACUCCAUGCACCGCGAGAUUGAGGCCGAGCUCAACGCCCUCAUGGAAGAACACACAGGCAACCAGACGAGCGUCUGUCUCUGUGUGAACGCCACGGUGUGCGAGGUCUUCCGGAAGGGCUACCUGAUGCUGUACCCCUUCGGCACCGAGUGCUGCCUCAUCUGCUGUGCCGUGCUCUACGUCAUGUGGAAGAACGUAGGCCGCCGCCUGGCGCCCCACCCCGGCGCCCACCCCGGCUCCCCGUCCUUCCGCCUGCACGGGGCCAUCUUCGGGCCGCUGCUGGGCCUGCUGGCUCUGGUGGCGGGAGUAAGCAUCUUCGUGGUCUUCCAGAUCGAGGCCAGCGGCCCCGCCAUGGCCCGCCAAUACUUCACCCUCUAUUACGCCUACUACGCGGCCGUGCUGCCCGCCAUGAGCCUGGCGUGCCUGGCGGGCACGGCCAUCCACGGGCUGGAGCAGCGGGAGCUGGACACGCUCAAGAACCCCACGCGCAGCCUGGACGUGGUGCUGCUGAUGGGCGCCGCGCUGGGCCAGAUGGGCAUCUCCUACUUCUCCAUUGUGGCCAUCGUGGCCACGGACCCCCACCAGCUGCUCAACCGGCUCAUCCUGGCCUACUCGCUGCUGCUCAUCCUGCAGCACAUCGCCCAGAACCUCUUCAUCAUCGAGGGCCUGCACCGGCGCCCCAUCUGGGAGGCGGCUCCCACGGGCCUGGCUGCGAAGCAGGGGGCAGAGCCCCCCCGGAGGGGCUCCCUGCUGUCGCUGAGCCAGGACCUGCACCGGGCCUCGCUGGCCUACAUCCACUCCUACAGCCACCUCAACUGGAAGCGGCGGGCGCUCAAAGAGAUCUCCCUCUUUCUCAUCCUGUGCAAUAUCACGCUGUGGGUGAUGCCGGCAUUUGGUGUCCACCCCGAGUUCGAGAAUGGGCUGGAAAAAGAUUUCUAUGGCUACCGGACCUGGUUCACCAUCGUCAACUUGGGCCUGCCCCUGGGGGUCUUCUACCGGAUGCACUCUGUGGGGGGGCUGGUGGAGGUCUACCUGGGAGCCUGAGGCAGCAGAACCCCGAGGU